AUGCAGAGCAAAGCAAAGCAAGGCCAUGUAUCCCAUCCAUCCACCAAUUCCACUCCAUUCCAUCCCAACCUAUCGAAACAUCCUCCUAUCCCGUCACAUCCCAUCCUCGCAAGUUCAAUUGUAGGUACGUAUGCACGGAUAUUCGCAGCAGACGAUCUAAACGACCGAAGCCUCAAUAGCCAACUUCAACGCAUUUGGGUUGGCGCCUACAACCUCCUUGACCUUCUCGCCGUCCUUGAAGAUGAGGAAGGUGGGCAUGGCGCGGAUACCGAGUUCUUGGGCUACGUCUGGGACUUCGUCGACGUCGAGCUUGGCGAAGUGGACGUCGGGGAAUUCGUCGGAGAACCUAUUUGCGGACCAGAUGUUAGUAUGGGGUUUCUCGAUGUGUGGGGAUUGGCGCGGAGGAAAAAGAGAGAGAGAGAGAUAAACGUACUUGACGACUUGAGGAGCGAUGACCUUGCAGGGACCGCACCAGGUAGCGAAACAGUCAAGAACAACGAUCUUGUUCUUCUCGAGGGCGGUGGUAUAUUCAUCCUUGCUGUGAGAGAACGUUUGUUAGCAUAUCUUCUUUGUAGUGCCAGAAAUAAUAAAUCGAUAUCAUUGUCAGCAGGUGAUGGCGUUGUGGAUUCGAGGACUCGAGGGGCGUCGAGGUCGAGAUCGAAAAUCGGGAUAGAAGGCACAGUUGGAGCUCGAGAUGGGGACUUGGAAUGA